CGAUGCUUAGGUACGAAGCCGGCCGACCAGAGAGCUCCAGCUCAACUACGCAUCACUUCCAUACCUCCUCCGCUCACCUCCAUCCACCGCACCACGCCCUCACCCUCACACUCCUCGCCGCACGCCUUGCGCCCGCUUAACUUCGACUAAGAACCACCCGACCCUCCCGCGGCGAGCUCCACUUCGCCUCCGUUCACCAUGCCCAGCGCCACCGGCCAGAACUGGGAGAAGUACCAGAAGACCUACUCCGACGAAGAGAUAGAAGAGAAGAAGAUCACGCCCCUCUCCGAUGAGGACAUUCAAGUGCUCAAGACCUAUGGCGCCGCGCCCUACGCAGCAGAGCUCAAGAAGCUCGAGAAGGAGAUCAGGGACAAGCAGCAGAGCGUGAAUGAGAAGAUUGGCGUCAAGGAAUCCGACACUGGUCUCGCACCGCCGCACCUCUGGGAUAUUGCCGCCGACAGGCAGCGGAUGCAAGAGGAGCAGCCCCUGCAAGUCGCGCGUUGCACCAAGAUCAUACAAGAUGAGAAGGAUGCCGAUAAGAGCAAAUACGUCAUCAACGUCAAGCAGAUUGCCAAGUUCGUAGUCAACUUGGGCGAGAGGGUCAGUCAAACGGAUAUCGAGGAGGGAAUGCGGGUCGGUGUGGACCGAAACAAGUACCAGAUUAUGCUGCCGCUACCCCCGAAGAUCGACCCAUCGGUGACGAUGAUGACAGUGGAGGACAAGCCGGACGUCACGUAUGGAGACGUUGGUGGCUGCAAGGAACAGAUCGAGAAGCUCCGUGAAGUUGUUGAAAUGCCCUUGCUGUCUCCCGAACGCUUUGUCAACCUCGGUAUCGACCCGCCCAAGGGCGCGCUGCUCUACGGCCCCCCCGGUACCGGUAAGACGCUUUGCGCUCGUGCCGUCGCCAACAGGACGGACGCCACCUUCAUCCGUGUCAUUGGUUCCGAGCUGGUCCAGAAGUACGUCGGUGAGGGUGCCCGCAUGGUGCGAGAGCUUUUCGAGAUGGCGCGGACGAAGAAGGCCUGUAUCAUCUUCUUUGACGAAAUCGACGCGGUCGGAGGUGCACGUUUCGACGACGGCGCCGGUGGCGACAACGAAGUGCAGCGCACUAUGCUGGAGCUGAUCACGCAGCUGGACGGCUUCGACUCGCGCGGUAACAUCAAGGUCAUGUUCGCGACCAACCGGCCGUCGACACUGGAUCCCGCGCUGAUGCGGCCCGGCCGUAUCGACCGCAAGAUUGAGUUCUCGCUGCCCGACAUGGAGGGCCGCGCCAACAUCCUGCGCAUCCACGCCAAGAGCAUGAGCGUCGAACGCGACAUCCGUUGGGAGCUCAUCUCGCGCCUAUGCCCCAACAGCACGGGUGCCGAGCUGCGCAGCGUCGCCACCGAGGCGGGCAUGUUCGCCAUCCGCGCCCGGAGAAAGGUCGCCACCGAGAAGGACUUCCUCGCCGCUGUCGACAAGGUCAUCAAGGGCAACCUCAAGUUCAACUCCACCGCCACUUACAUGCAGUACAACUAAUCGCGCGGCUGCUGCGCUCCUCCAGCAUUUGGCUUGGGGGCUGGGGAUGGCGAUGGAGAGAGGUUGCUCUUUGCGUUUUACGGUUAUGGAUCUUCCUUUCUGUUGUGCUUCUGGGGAAUGCCGGCCCAUCGCUGGCUACACGUGACAUGGCGACGGCGGGCGUGUAUAGUAAGGAUUACAGGAGCUCUGAUAGAAGAGGCUCAAAGCAUUACGGAGCAUCGAUUAAAUCGAGUUGAGUCUAUGUCCGAAUUAUCAAGAAGAUUGACAACGGUGACGUAGUGUAUGUGUGAGGGUUAAUAAUUGUGUUGCCACGAAUAUGCCAAGGGGCGUAUAUUGUUGUAGUUUACAUAGUCUUGUGAGGCUACUUGUCUACCUACGAGUUCAUGCUCCACAUCCAACUAAGGAGUGACUGAG